CUACCAAAUUUAAAAAUCCCCAAACCCGCCCUUAUUCCCAAUCAAGGUCUCAUUAUCGAGCGCCAUUGUUCCUCCAUAUUUGCAGAGAGACAAUGGAAACAGAUGAAGCUCAAAGGGUUCUUCCAUUUCAGCUUCAGUUCGACAAACCACUCCCUUCUCAGAUUAAAAUAGCAGAAUGGAACCCAGAAAAGGAUUUACUCGCCAUGGUUACUGAGGACUCUAAAAUUCUUCUCCAUCGUUUCAAUUGGCAGCGUUUAUGGACUGUAUCCCCAGAAUGGAAAGCUGUUGCGAAGCCUAAAGUCCCAUACGGUUGCUGUUGUGUGUCUUAACUGGGAGGAAGAUGGAACAAAGAAUGGAGAUAACUCUGGUAACAUCUCAACUUAUGAAGACCGCACUUCUCGUUUCUUUCCUCCUGCACCAAGGGUCCCUCGAAUGCCUGGGGUGGUACCUGGAGAUACUGGCUUCAUGGAUGAAAGUGAAGAUUCAUUUCGGGAGCUAUCAAAUUCUUCACAUCAACGAUUUAACAUCUUAUGCAGUGGGGACAAAGAUGGGAGCAUCUGCUUUAGUAUAUUUGGCAUAUUUCCCAUUGGAAAAGUUAAUAUACACAAGUUUUCUCUCUCUAAUCAACCAGUGGACAACCACAUCCUUUGUCGACUUUUGAAUGCUUCAAUUUGCAAGGUAGCUUUGGCAAAAGAUCUUUGUCAUUUGGUAGUCAUUUGCUCUGGGGAGCUUUCAGAAGAACCAAGCAAGAGUCCAAUAUCUGGACGUGAUUUACUUGGUUUGCAUUGCUUAGUGCUUGAUACUUCAAUAUUUUGGAAGAGGAAAAAUGAGCUUCACCAGGUGGCUCAACAAGCUUCCAAUAUUGAGGAUUUAACUGAAGUCAUCCGGGCAUCGCUAUCAGUCAUGUGUAAGCAAUGGUCUGAUGCCAUGCAUACAUUUCAUGAGAAAUUUGAUUCUCUAUCUACUCUGAUUAUUGACCAUGGACUGGAUUCGACUCCACAAGAGGAACUUCUAAGCCUUUUAGGUGGUGCUCGGACAAGUCCACCAGUACAUCAAUUUCUGGUCAAUUCUCUUGGUGAAGCGGGUCUCAAGCGUGUAGCGAAGGUUGUUUGUGGUGCUGGAAAAGAGCUUCAGCUUAUUGUACUUGAUCAUCUACAGCCUGCUGCAGAAAUUAUUGGGUUUAGAAUGGGAGAACUGAGAGGCCUUUCAAAAUGGCGAGCACGUUUUCAAGGUAUUGGUUUGGAUGAGACAUUAAUCAAUAAUGCAACAGAAAAAGCGGGUAUAUUGCUCAUUCAAAUUGAACGAUUUAUGAGGGUUCUAUCCUCUGUGGUGCAACAGCUUUCAAAUUUCUUCAGCUGGCUUCUGAAGACAGUAAAAAUACUAAUGUCAGAAACAAGUGAUCAGCUUCUACCAUUCAGUAGUGAACUUGUGAUUAUAUUCUUGAAGUUUCUAUAUGAUCAAGAUCCUGUCAGGCAGUUGCUCGAACAAUCUGAAGUUGAUCACACUAUUGAAAUUGAUGUGGAAACUAUGAAAAGAGUUAAAGAAUUAGUUCAAUUUGGGGGAUUUUUGGACACUGGAUACUUGCGAAGGACACUAGCUAAAGAAUUUCAGCAAAUGGAAUCUUGUUUCAAGCAGGCCUUCGAAGUGCCCUUUACUACAAUUUCCAAGAAGAUACUUUUUGAGGAUUUAUUGCCACUGUUUCCAGUUGCAUCUUCACCAAAAUCUGCGUUCUUAAGUUUUCCUACAUCAGUAUCAUACUACCAGGAAGCUUCUGAGGCUGUCACAACUAAUAAAACACAUGAACAAAGGCUUGUUGAUUACAUCUCUUUCAGAAUACCUGAGGAUUCAUUCUCAACUAUCAGAAAUUGCAUAGGCAUCGCUAGGGGUUUUAUGCAUGAUUUGAGCAGUGUAAAGAAGGGAAAUGCCUCACUGGAAGCUGUCUUGUUAUUCGUUCCUGAUGGCUACCACUGCGUGGAUCUCUGUCUAUAUAAAGAAAGUCAAAUCGUACUAUUAUUAAACGAAUCAACUACCAGUUCUGAAAGCUCCAGUAAUGGUUGUAUGAUGAUUGUACAAGCGAGUGACCUUCCCUUUGUAUCAAUUUCAAGAUCCACUGGUCUAAACUGUUGGAAUCUGCAUGAAUUGAAGGACUCUGUCAUGUACCUGCAGAUGGAGAAUGAAAAGGUUCGGAAUAUUCCUCACUCUGUGGUUGCUCCCUUGGCAGUCAGUGCAUCCAGGGGUGUGGCUUGUGUUUUUGCUGCCAGAAGGCGUGCGUUGGUCUAUAUUCUGGAAGAAGAUGAAGAUGAAGUAUCCGAUGCAGAGUGAUUGAAUUAUUAUUGUAUUAUUUCUCAUUUUAUUAUUAUUAUUAUUAUUUUUUUGGGUUUUUUUUUUGUUAUAAUCAACUUGUGUUUUUCUCACUCUUUGUGGGUUUGUAUUUUUACUUUUUUUUGUAUGUAUGGUAACUGUUGGUACAAUUUUCAAGAAAUAUGUUAAACAAUUUUAAAAUAGGAACAAAAAAUGAAAGAGUAUAAUCAUUUUACAUUCUAGCA